GGUCCCUUCUGGAGUCACUUCCGGGUUUCCUUUCCUGGGCUGGAACACCGCGGCUACAAGCAAAACUAUCUUCCCCACAAACUAUUUCAAAGUUGUGCUCAGGUUUGACAGACAUCAACUAUGUCUCAAUCUGGAGAAAAAGGGAAGUUUCCAGAUGCAACUGGUUACGUUGGGUUUGCCAACCUUCCAAACCAAGUUCACCGAAAGUCUGUAAAAAAAGGUUUUGAAUUCACCCUCAUGGUUGUCGGAGAGUCUGGUUUGGGAAAAUCGACGCUCAUAAACAGCCUGUUUCUUACUGAUCUGUACCCUGAACGCUACAUUCCUGGUGCUUCAGAGAAGAUUGAGAGGACGGUGCAGAUCGAGGCAUCCACCGUGGAGAUCGAAGAGAGGGGCGUCAAGCUCCGCCUCACCGUGGUUGAUACCCCGGGUUACGGCGACGCCAUCAACAGUCAAGACUGCUUCAAGACCAUCAUUCAUUAUAUCGACAAUCAGUUUGAGCGGUACCUCCAUGACGAAAGUGGCCUGAACCGACGGCAUAUAGUAGACAACAGGGUGCACUGCUGCUUCUACUUCAUAUCGCCAUUUGGACAUGGUCUAAAGCCUUUGGAUGUGGAGUUUAUGAAGGCCAUCCACAGCAAAGUUAAUAUUGUUCCUGUGAUCGCGAAGGCCGAUACACUGACGCUGAGGGAGCGGGAGCGCUUGAAGAGACGGAUCCUGGAUGAGAUCGCAGAGCACGGAAUUAAAAUCUAUCAGCUACCCGAUGCGGACUCUGACGAGGACGAGGAGUUCAAAGAGCAAACGAAAGUCCUCAAGGCGAGCGUCCCUUUUGCUGUCAUUGGCUCCAACCAGCUGAUCGAGGUGAAAGGAAAGAAGAUCCGUGGUCGUCUGUACCCGUGGGGAGUUGUGGAGGUGGAGAAUCCAGAGCACAAUGACUUCCUCAAACUCCGCACCAUGCUUGUGACGCACAUGCAAGACCUCCAGGAGGUUACUCAGGACCUGCAUUAUGAGAAUUUCCGCUCAGAGAGGCUGAAGAAAGCGGGACGAGCUGUGGAUGAGGACGUGAUGGAUAAAGACCAGAUAUUGCUACAGAAAGAGGCCGAGCUGCGACGCAUGCAAGAGAUGAUUGCUCGGAUGCAGGCGCAAAUGAAAAUGCAAUCAGAAGAGUGAAGGUGUUGGAACUUGGAACACACACCAAAACACACCUGUUGUCACCCAACCACAUCUUGCAGGAGUUUUCAGGAUUCUAUGUUUCCUUGCCUUUUCUCUGAUUCUGAAACUUUUUUUUUUUUAAGCCCAACAACCAGACUUGCAGCCAAUGUAUGACUAUUUAGGUUUACGUGUCUUUGGGGAAUUAGGAGCCAGUGAGUCGGCAUUGGCUGAUAAAGUAUCCACUAUGUUAUUUUAUCCUGAUCUUUUAUCCUUAUCCUUCUAUUAUGGUCUGUCAAGAUGCCAAUAACAAUACUUUUAAGUGUUUACCAAAAAAAGUCUUAACUGCCAUUGGAGGACUUUUUAAGCAUUUUGAAUCUGCAAUUAGAAAAGUGUAUUCUGUUACUUUCACUAUUAUUGACAAUUUACUACAAGUUCCAUGUUUGUCUUUCUGUCACUUUGUCCAUCCACUAAAGUUGCUAUAAGGCUGCUAUAAUAAUAAUACACUCAGUGCCAUGUCACUUACUCCAUAUUGUUGUAUUUUAUGUUGUACUUACUACAGAAUGAAGCACAAAGGUGUAGUAGUUUGUCAAACAGUAGUAUAUAUUGAGCCCAAUGAUCAGUUUCUAGUACACAUGGUACAUUGUCCAAAAUAUAGAAGCUGAUUUGUAGCUAAUGUGCCAAACAAAAUUAUUUCAUGAUUUGAAAAAACACACCACUUGUUAACUGUUUAGGUGCCAACAUCUGUUUUUGUACUUCCACUGAAAUAUUUUUGUUUCGAGGAAAUAAAUGUUUACUAUCUUA